AUGGCCGAUAUAUCGGGUGGUGCUGAUCCCUCCAUUCGUUUAUGGGACCUUGAUAGCAGAGGGUCUGAACUCGAACAUCUUCACGAGCCUAGUGCGUGGGUUGAUAAGGCGCAACAUGAAUCUUCCCACAGUCAUUCGUUGACAUCGAUAUCUAUCUAUCCGUUCGAUCCCAACCCAUCUACAAUCUUGACCACAUCUCGUGACAACACCCUGAAGCUUUCUGCACUUGGAAAUAGCGAAAUUAUACCGGCACACACAUUUAACCUCCAUGCGACUCCCUAUUCUCAUUCUCUUUCAGCGCAUCCAGCGUCGACGCUUCUCAUUGCAGUCGGGACGUCUGAAAGAACUGUCCGCCUCCUAGACUUGCGUAGCGGUCUAGCAACCCACACCCUCCCUGGUCAUGACUCGGCUGUCCUAUCUUUAGCUUGGGCGCCGCAUCGGCCACAUAUUCUUGCGUCUGCGUCUGCAGACAACCGGGCGAUCAUCUUCGAUAUCCGCAAGGCAGGAACAAGCUCUGCAAUUGGAUCAUUGGACAUGGAUGAUACCGUUGGGGUGUUUUCACAAGGCGUUAUAUCAGGCUCUUCUGUCAGACGGCAUGCUUUUACCCGUCGUGGACGUGCUCACAAUGGCGCCGUGACUGGAAUCAGAUGGACUUCAAAUGGCAGUCAUUUAAUUACUGCAGGUCAAGAUUCACGGCUUCGAGUGUGGAAUGCAACUACAGGUGCUAAUACGCUCGUACAUUUUGGCCCGCGGGUGCGAAAUAGUGCGUCUUCGCAUCUCGCAGAAAGAGCACCGGUAGUCUUGCCGAGCAGCCUCGUGCAGGCUGGUCACGAAAUUCUGCUAUGGCCUAAUUUCAACGACCAAGAGGAUCGUGGCGAGAUACUGAUGUUUGAGAUACGCGAAGGAACAUUUAUCAAGACAUUGAAAGUUCCCGGGCUCAUGUCAGCCACACGCCAGCAACGAAUCGGUAGAUCAAGCGCACUGAGUGCCGGCAGAAUCAAUGCUCUGGCGUGGAGAGGCAAUGGAUCAUCUGGUGAAGGUUUAGAAUUAUACUCUGCACACGGAGAUGGUACAAUCAGGACCUGGGUAUCUCGUGUCCCAGAGGGCGAGCCCGAGAUUGAGGAAAACAACGAAAUGGAAACGAGGAAACGCAAGCGAGAUGUACUUGAAGAAAUAUACCAGGGCCUCACUGGCUCUUCUGAUUGA